AUGCUGCAUAAUGGGAAGGAAAAGCACAAAGCGGCGCAGGGAGCUAAAGUCGAGGCGGCAGAAGCGGAGUGUGGAGCCUCGAAAGGAGCCGCGGCGGCCGUAGUUGACACGCACUUCCCGAUGCCCGCUUUUCCCAAAGUGGAGAUAAAGCGCAACGCGGUCACGGACGAUUACACGCUGUCCAAGAACGUACUGGGCCUGGGCAUCAACGGGAAAGUCCUGGAGUGUCACUGCAAGAAGAGCGGACAGAAGUGCGCGCUGAAGAUCCUGUACGACAGUCCCAAGGCCAGGCGUGAGCUGGAGCUGCACUGCAGGGUGUCUGGGGGUCCUUACAUCGUGCGCAUCCUCAACCUGUACGAAAACAUGCACCACGGGAAGAAGUGCCUGCUCAUCGUCAUGGAGUGUAUGGAGGGGGGAGAGCUGUUCAGUAGGAUCCAGGCCAGAGGAGACCAGGCCUUCACAGAGAAAGAGGCUUCUGAGAUCAUGAGGGACAUUGGCACAGCAAUCCACUAUUUGCACAGUAUGAACAUUGCACACAGAGACAUCAAACCUGAAAAUCUCCUAUACACUUGUAAAGAAAAGAAGGGAGUCCUGAAACUUACAGACUUUGGGUUUGCAAAAGAAACAACACUACACAACCAGCUCCAGACGCCCUGUUACACUCCCUACUAUGUCGCUCCAGAGGUUUUAGGUCCAGAGAAGUACGACAAGUCCUGUGACAUGUGGUCUCUGGGGGUCAUCAUGUACAUCCUACUCUGCGGCUUCCCACCUUUUUACUCCAACACCGGCCAAGCAAUCUCUCCAGGAAUGAAGCGCCGCAUCAGGAUGGGCCAGUACGAGUUCCCCAAGCCGGAGUGGGCCGACGUGUCCCAGGAGGCUAAAGACUUGAUCAACCAGCUUCUGAAAACUGACCCCAACGAGAGAAUGACCAUCACACAGUUCACAAACCAUCCAUGGAUCAAUCAGUCCAUGGUGGUCCCGUCCACUCCGCUGCACACCACCAGAGUCCUGACUGAAGACAAGGAGAUGUGGGAAGAUGUGAAGGAAGAAAUGACCAGUGCUUUAGCAACAAUGCGAGUGGACUACGACCAGGUGAAAAUCAAGGAUUUAGAUACAUCAAGCAAUCCACUGUUAAACAAAAGACGCAAAAAAGCCGCCGCAGGAGGAAAGAGUGGCUCCAGCGUCUGUCAGAGUCAGUAG